UCAGUCGUUUUCUCUUUUUCCAAAAUCAAAUAAUCACACACCAAUAUACGAUAUUAAACAACGAUCUCACAAUGAGAGUGAUUCUGGCAUUGUUGUUGGUGACCUUUGCGCACUGCUAUCCUCAACAUGGUUAUGGCCAUUACGAUGGAGGGCUGAUAGGACAUGCGCCCAUCAUUCACGCUGCGCCUGUUCAUAAAAUUAUUGCUGAACCAGUCGCCUAUCCAAAAUACGCGUUUAAAUAUGGCGUGCAAGAUCAUCACACUGGUGAUCACAAAUCGCAGCAUGAGGAACGCGAUGGUGAUGUAGUGAAAGGUGAGUACUCGCUAGUGGAACCCGAUGGUACCAUCCGCAACGUGAAGUACACCGCCGACCAUCACAACGGAUUCAACGCGGUGGUCACCAAGUCUGGACAUGCGGUGCAUCCGCAGGUUGUGCACAAGGUUGUCCCGGUUGCCGCCCAUUACUCUACCGGCCAUGGACAUUACUAAUUCUAUUCUAUUUUAUGCCAUUUUUAUGCCAUGACUUAACAUAACCUAUACCAUUAUCCCAAGUGAGAUUCACUUAUGCAUUGAGUUACCGUUUAUUCAACGCGCCAUUACACUAUUUAUACGCUGACCAUAUUUUAGCACUAGUUAUGUUUAUA